AUGACUGACGAUCUCUCUGUGGUAGAGCCUUCGAGGCUUUGUGCUGUCUGCGACAUGGCCCUGAGAAGCAACAUACGGUGCCUCAGUCAGCCUCACCACAAGAGCGGCUUUGACCUAGAGAAGGCUUCCGAUCUUGGAUGUUACAUUUGCGGCACAAUCCGACAUAGUCAUACGUGGUCACGAAGGUUGGAAGAGUGUCUCUCAAGCUCUUUUCAGUAUGCAAUAAACCUGCAUAAUGCCGGUUUCGUAGACACUCUGGAGGGCCUGAUUGUUGGGAAGUCUCCAAGUGGCUGUUGCUGGGCUUUCCAGCUUUGGAAAGAGCCUGAUCCUGCUUCUGGUACUAUCUCUUACAAACCACCUGUCUCACACCAUCAUUUUGAUUUUAUCCGACUUGCCAAGGACUGGCUUGACUCCUGUUGUCGAGCCCAUGUUAAGUGCCGAAACAGCGGCCCAGAUUGCAGGCCAACAAGAUUAAUCGAGAUCGUUGACGAAUUAGGCGUUCGCCUCAUUUUUCCAAGGAACCUCUCUGUUGAUUCAAUUGAUUAUGUCGCAUUCUCUCAUUAUUCAAUGUUGGACUGGGUGCAAGAGGUGAAGGAUGUGAAGCGGGUCUACGAGCAUGCAAUAUUGAACCUGUGCUCUGCUACAGCCUCCGAUAGCUCCGGAACCAGCUUUGUGGCCCGUCAUGCAAGUUUCCUCAAGCCGCUUCGUGUAAAAGUUCAUGGCGAAGUCUUCCAGUUGUUGUGUGAUGGCCUCUUACAAGACGAUAUCACUUAUUGCACCUUGCGCUCUCGAGCAUGGGUCUAUCAAGAAUGGUACCUUUCCAAGCGCUCACUGGUCAUGGGCUCACAUCAGCUUUGGUGGCAUUGUAGAGAAAAGCUGGCAUGCGAGAUAUGGCCGAUUGGAACACCACAAGCCAACAGGGGAAGAUGGUGGAGUCAAACCCAGCCCCUCAAGGAGUCAGCACCAUCUGAAGACUCAGACGAUAUGGAUGCCUGGAGUCAGCGUGUCCUAGCAUAUAUGAGAACUAAGCUGACGAGAGAAACUGACCGUUCGGUUGCAUUCUCGGGUGUUGUUCAGUCUUUCGGGCAGUCACGGCAACUAUCUGAAGACUAUCUUGCCGGCCUCUGGCGAUGUCAUCUACCAGAAGCACUCUUGUGGAAGGUCACCUCUCCAGCACGGAGAUCAGCUACAUGUACGGCAGCGUCCUGGAGCUGGACGUCUCUUGCUGGAGACUGUCUGGUCAAUACAGAUAGGGACUUAGUUCACGAACCUUGCUUCAUAACUGUCGAGCAGACAAUGCCCCUUGGUGUACCAGGACCAGACGGAUUCUUGAUGGGCGGAGCAAUCACACUCAGUGGCCAUUUGUUUGAAGUUGUCUAUCGAUCUGUCGGACUGUUCCUUGGUAGAGGAGACUUCAUGGUUCCCGGAGACCAAACGACAGGUGGUGAACUCUACCUUGACGAAGGAUCAGGGAAUGAGCAAUUUGUCUCAUAUUUGGAGGCGCCAGACCUCGAUGAUCUUGGUGGAUGGCUGGAAGGUAAGGCCGUGCGGCUAUCAAUGCCGCUCAAAGACGCAAAGGGUCGUUUCUAUUUCUUAUUGUUCCUUGAUAGGGGAGACAAGUAUCGUUUUCGUUUUCGAGGACUAACUUUGUAUCAGCCUAUUGAUCAGUCAGGUUCCUUUUAUCGUGUCGGAUAUAUGAAUUGGGGGAAGCUCCCAGGGGUCCUCAAUACGGAUGAACUCGCAGUCAAUUGUGUUAAGAGCAUGGUGAGGAUCUUAUGA